AUGAGGGCGCCUCAAGACUCGAGGGGCAUCGGCGUGACUUCGGGGCGAGUAUCGGCGAGUCUACCGGAUGGCGCACCCUCGUAUUUGCGGCGCUACCCCCGGCGGCUUCCGCCUCGUCUGGCGCAGCGGAAUUGGGAUGUGGAUGAGGAUUGGGAUGGGGAUGGGGAUGGGGAUGGGGAUGGGGAUGGGGAUGGGGAUGGGGAUGGGGAUGGGGAUGGGGAUGGGGGCACGGUGGAGUGGGUGGGAGAGGAUGAAGAGGAGGACGUCGACGGCGACGAGGAAAAUGAGGAUGAGGUGGAGGAUGAGGUGGAGGAUGAGGUGGAGGAUGAGGUGGAGGAUGAGGUGGAUGAGGAGGUGGAUGAGGAGGAGAAGGAUGUUUGCAUUGUGACAACGGGGGAGAACGAGAGGGGGGAGAAAAAAGGGGAAAUGAAGAAGAACGAGGAGAGGCAGGGGGGGAAUGAGAAGCUCUACGCCUGUGACGAGUGUGGAAAGGCGUUUCCUACACGACAGAGGUUGAAGAAUCACGUGGCCACCCACUCGAAGGAGUUCGUGUGUCCGCAUGAAAACUGCCAAAAGGCAUUCUCAUCCAACCACCUGUUGAAGGAGCACAUUCUUACUCACAACCCCAAUGCUCCUCCCCGGCUCCCAUGCUCUCAUCCCCACUGCUCUCAAACCUUCAAGAAUCGACGCAGCAUGUUAAAGCAUGCAAGGACGCAGCACAAGAAAGAGGGGGGAAGUGGGAGCAGGGUACUUGGUGUGCGUGGCGGAGCGGAGGGGAGUGAGGCGGGGGUAAAGAGGGCACAUGAGGGGGACAAGGGGAUGAGGGUGCACGAAGGACUGGUGGUUAGGGAGGAGAGGGAAGAAGAGGCAGUGAGAGGGAAGGAGAGGGAAGAGGAGGAAAGGAGGGGAGAGGAGAGGAGGGAAGAAGCGAGGAGGGAGGAGUGGUGGAAGGGAGCGGCGAGGAGGGUGUGGGAGAGGAGGGAAGCGGAGAGGAGGGAGGAGGAGAGGAAGGAAGCGGUAAGAAGGGAGGAGGAGAGGAAGGAAGCGGCGAGGAGGGAGGAGGAGAGGAAGGAAGCGGCGAGGAGGGAGGAGGAGAGGAAGGAGGAGGAGAGGAGGGAAGCGGCGAGGAGAGAAAAGGCGAGAAAGGAAAAGGCGAGGAGGGAGGAGAAAAGGAGGGGAGAGGAAAGGAGGGAAGAGGCGAGGAGGGAGGAGGAGAGGAAGCAAGCAGCGAGGAGGGAGGAGGAGAGGAAGGAAGCAGAGAGGAGGGAGGAGGAGAGGAAGCAAGCUGCGAGGAGGGAGGAGGAGAGGAAGGAGGAGGAGAGGAGGGAAGCGGCGAGGAGAGAAAAGGCGAGAAAGGAAAAGGCGAGGAGGGAGGAGAAAAGGAGGGGAGAGGAAAGGAGGGAAGAGGCGAGGAGGGAGGAGGAGAGGAAGCAAGCAGCGAGGAGGGAGGAGGAGAGGAAGGAAGCGGCAAUAAGGGAGGAGGAGAGGAAGCAAGCCGCGAGGAGGGAGGAGGAGAGGAAAGAAGCGGCGAGGAGGGAGGAGGAGAUGAAGAGGAGGGAGGAGGAGAGGAAGGAAGCGGCAAGAAGGGAGGAGGAGAGGAAGGAAGCGGCGAGGAGGGAGGAGGAGAGGAAGGAAGCCGCAAGGAGGGAGGAGGAGAGGAAGGAAGCAGCGAGGAGGGAGGAGGAGAGGAAGAGGAGGGAGGAGGAGAGGAAGGAAGCGGCAAGAAGGGAGGAGGAGAGGAAAGAAGCGGCGAGGAGGGAGGAGGAGAGGAAGGAAGCGGCGAGGAGGGAGGAGGAGAGGAAGAGGAGGGAGGAGGAGAGGAAGGAAGCGGCAAGAAGGGAGGAGGAGAGGAAGCAAGCCGCGAGGAGGGAGGAGGUGAGGAAGGAAGCGGCGAGGAGGGAGGAGGAGAGGAAGGAAGCGGCAAGAAGGGAGGAGGAGAGGAAGGAAGCCGCGAGGAGGGAGGAGGAGAGGAAGGAAGCAGCGAGGAGGGAGGAGGAGAGGAAGAGGAGGGAGGAGGAGAGGAAGGAAGCGGAAAGAAGGGAGGAGGAGAGGAAGCAAGUCGCGAGGAGGGAGGAGGAGAGGAAGGAAGCGGCGAGGAGGGAGGAUGAGAGUAAGGAAGCCGCGAGGAGGGAGGAGGAGAGGAAGGAAGCCGCGAGGAGGGAGGAGGAGAGGAGGGAAGAGGUUCUUAGGCAGGAAUGUGAGAAGAAAACGAGUGUUGUGAUAGGGAGAGAUGGAAGGAGAGGCGAGGAGACGGAAGGUAAGGGGAGAAGAGGGGAGGAGAGGGAUGGCGAGGAGGAAACACCCCUUUUUCUUCCUUCAGGGGAGGGCGGCAUGGGAAGGGAAGCGAUGCAGGUUCAAGGAGAAGGCAACGCGGUCGGAGGAGGGUUGGGGACAGAGAAGAGAGCAAGAACCCAAUCCUUGGCUGCAGAGGAGCGAAACACCAUGGGAAUGGCAGCGAUGCAGCGCGAUGCAGCGAAGCAACAGGUGCAAAGGGAGGUCAACGCGGUUGGAGGAGAGAGGGGGAAAGAGGAGGGAGGAAAUCCAUCGUUACUAGGCUAUACGGGCAGCAUAAGAAGGCUAGCGAUGCCGCUUCAUGGGAAGGGCAGCGAUGGUGGGGAAGGGAGGGGGACAGCGGAAGGAGUAGAGGUACCCCUUGGUGGGAAUGAGGGUAGUUUGGGGAAGGCAGUGGUGCCGGUGCGAGGGGAGGGCAACGUUGGUGGAGGAGGGAGGAGGGAGGGAGAAGAGAAGAGGGAAGAGGAGGGAGAACAAGAGGAAGAAGAAGAAGAAGAAGAAGAGGAGGGAGAAGGAGAGGGAGAAGAGGAGGGAGAUAAGGAGGGAGAGGGAGAGGGGGAGGGAGAGGGGGAGGGAGAGGGGGAGGGAGAGGGGGAGGGAGAACCCUCUCCCCUCUGUCCCAGGGGGGAUGUCAAUGUGGGGAGUUGGGGGGUGAAUGAGUGUGAGGGAGAGAAGGAGGAAGAUGCAGCUGAACUAGAGGAGUUCACAUGCUUGCAGGAGGGGCGCAAGAGGAAAAUGCAUGGAGGAGGAGGUGUUGAGAGGGAAGGGGCUGGCUGCAGGAAAAGGCACCUGAAAGGCCACCUGAGGGAGCAGAAGAGGUACCUGAAUAGGAAGGUGCAUCAUUUUGUGGGGAGGAGAGACCGCCGAUGCAACCUGAGGAAGCACCUGAAGGCAACAGAGAAGGAGCACCUGAGGCAGGAGGACAUUCUCCUGAAGGAGGAGGAGGCUCACCUGAGGCAGCAGGCAGUACACUUAAAGCAACAGGAGGAACACCUGCGGAAGAAAGAGCGCUUUCUGGACCAACAGAAUGAGCAGCAGGAUUUCUACCUGAAACAGAAAGAGCUGCUCCUGAGGGAACAAAAGGAGCAGCAAGAGACACACUUGAAGCAGAAAGAGUUGCUCCUGAGGGAACAGCAGGAGCAGGAGGUGUUGUAUCUGAAACGGAAAGAGGUGCUCCUGGAGGAACAGAAAGAGCGGCAGGAGAUGCACGGGAGGCAGGAGGAGGAGCUCCUGCGGCAGCAUGACGAGCACUUAAAGCAGCAGCGCGAGCACCUCAACGAUCAGGAAAAACUCCUGAAGCGCAAGAGGCACCUGGGCCUUCAGGGGAGGCACACUCGGAUUCAGAAGGCUCGCCUAAAUGACGGCUCUGUAGGUCCUUGUGUUUGA